AUGAGAGAUGGUGAUGCCAUUAAUCAAGAAUUCGUCCCCUUUGCAUUUGUAGUAGUAUAUUUCGAAAAACAUGUGAAUUUGGAUAUUGAAGCCUCCAUUGACCAACCUUGUUCGUGGGACUCUCAGGGACUGGCUUUUCUCUGGCGUCAGGGAAUUCCGGUGCGAAUUCGGAAUUAUUUCAACAACCAUAUAGAUGUGGAAAUUGGUGAAAAGGGCUCCCAAGAUGAAUUUUGCUUCACCGGUAUCUACGGCUUCGCAUCCAAUGCAGAUCGUGUUAGAACCUGGGAUCUCCUGUGCACUUUAGCUUCUCAAUCUACUCUGCCUUGGCAGGCUCUUGUUGAUUGUGCUCUUAUUGAUAUGAAGUUUGUUGGCUCUAGAUUUACUUGGGCUAACAGAUUUACAAAAGAAAGACUAGAUCGUGCUUGUCACACGGUGGAAUGGAGAGAUAAGUUUCCACAUUCUCGGGUUGUUACCCUUCCCCUUAGCCGGUCUGACCAUAACCCUCUCCUAGUAGAGGUUAACUCAACAGCAGUUCUCAAUCAUCGAGCCCCAAAACAUUUCCGGUUUGAGGAGAUGUGGUCUCAGCAUAAAGAUUGCCCAAAUUUAAUACAACAAGGUUGGAUGAUGCCUUCUACUGGUGAUCCAAUGUUACAAGUUGGGAGGAAAAUUCGCAAUACAGGAAAGUUGUUAAUGAAAUGGCAUGUGGGAGUUUUUCAGCAGAGGCAUACAGAGAUGAGAGUGGUCCAAAAUAAACUUGAGCAGCUUAUGAGUAAGCCUUAUGAUCCAGAGCAGUUUGAGGAGCAGAAAGCAUUACAAUUUUGGCUCAAUGAGCUAUUGUCUUUAAAUGAGACAUACUGGAGGCAGCGCUCUAGGGUGCAAUGGUUAAAAGAAGCUGCUGUUCUUACUACUCAUUAUGAGCACAUCUUCAAAUCGGAGGGAUAUGAUCCUCUUGCUUCUAACCUGAUUUUGGAAGCUGUUCAACCUCGAGUUACUUCACAGAUGAAUGCAGAUUUAGUUGCUCCUUAUAUGGAUGAUGAAAUUAAAGUCGCUCUCUUUCAAAUGCAUCCCUCUAAGUCCCCGGGCCCUGAUGGUAUGUCCCCUCAUUUUUUUUUUCAGAAAUAUUGGUCUAUUGUACAUGUUGAUGUCUGUCUGGCUGUGAGAACUGUGCUUGAAACUGGUCAAUUACCACAUGAGUCUAACUUUACUCAUUUAGUUCUCAUUCCCAAAGUGAAGGAUCCAAAGACAGCUUCUGAUCUUCGCCCAAUUGCCCUGUGCAAUGUGGUGUAUAAGAUUACAUCAAAAGUGUUAGCUAACAGAUUGAAAGUGAUAUUACCUCAGAUUAUCUCCCCAUUACAAAGUGCGUUUGUGCCAGGAAGACUUAUUUCUGAUAACUCUUCGGUGGCUACAGAGAUUACUCACUUUAUGAAGAAGCUCCGUACUCAAGCUGAGGGUUUCUUCUCCCUUAAGCUAGACAUAAGCAAGGCUUAUGAUCGUCUUGAAUGGACUUUUCUAGAAGCUAUUUUGGUAAGGCUGGGUUUUUGUUCUAAAUGGGUGGAGGUCAUUUUGUCUUCACUGAAAUCUGUGAGUUACUCUCUCAUUAUUAAUGGUGAACCUACUAGUUUCAUUACUCCAACUAGGGGAAUCCGACAAGGAGACCCGUUAUCCCCCUAUUUGUUUAUACUAUGCGCAGAAGGAUUUUCAUCUUUUAUCACUGCUUCAGUUUCUCAAGGCAUCCUCAAGGGUUUGUUGAUGAAUCCUUCAGCUCCCGUUAUUCAUCAUCUGUUAUUUUCUGACGAUAGCCUUAUGUUUGGUGAAGCUUCGGAGCAUGAGUGCUUGAGUGUCAAGGCUAUUCUGGAUAUCUAUGGACGAGCUUCUGGUCAGCAAAUAAAUCUUCAAAAGAGUAGUGUUGUGUUCAGUUCUAAUGUUGGUAUGGAUUCCCAACAUUUUUUGGCUAGUAUCCUGGGUGUUCAAAGAGUUUCUGAUCAUGGUCAGUACCUUGGCUUACCACUUCAUGUAGGGAGAUCAAAGGUGGCUGUUUUUGCUUAUUUAAAAGAAAGGUUAACAAAGAAGCUUGUCAGUUGGAGGGCGAAAACCCUUAGUAUUGGAGGGAAGGAAACAUUGAUCAAGGCAGUGGCUCAAUCAGUGCCUCAGUAUGUGAUGAAUUGCUACUUGCUUCCAAAAUCUCUUUGUGAUGAUCUUCAGCAAUUAUGUGCACAAUUUUUUUGGGGCAGUACGGAUGAUCAAAAGAAGAUCAUUGGUGCUCUUGGGAGCGAAUGUGCUUGUCUAAACAGGAGGGUGAAUGUGGCAGCAUUGCAUGCUUGUUUUCCCCCUGAAGUUGUGACACAGGUUAUGUGCAUCCCUCUAAGUCGGAGAAGAGCACUAGAUACCAUCACUUGGAAGCCGGACAAGAAAGGUUUCUUUUCAGUAAAGUCUGCUUAUAAAGUUGCUAGAGAUUUUACUUUGAGUCAUAUUAUGUCUUCUUCUUCAGGAGGCGACCCAUAUGCUCCAUUGUGGAAAGCUUUGUGGAAAGCUAGAGUUCCAGGUAAGGUUGCAAUUUUUGGGUGGAGAGCUUCUCACAAUUUGUUGCCAACUCGUGCUUGUUUAUCUUUGAAAGGUUAUAUGGGCGAUCUUCAUUGUUUACACUGUCAGUUUCCUUGGGAAGAUUUGGGCCAUAUCUUAUGUCAAUGCCCUAUAGCUCAUAAUAUUUGGGGUGCUCACCCUUUCAAUCUUGUUCUUGAUGUUUCAUCUCAUUUGGAUUUCAAAAACUGGCUACUUGAGAGAGCUACUUCCUUGUCUUCCGAUUUGUUUGACAAAAUGUUGGUUCUUUUAUGGAGCCUAUGGAAGAACCGGAAUGAUAAGUUGUGGAAUGAGAAACACAAAGAUGGUCCAAUUCUUGUAGCCACUGCAAUGGGAUGGUAUGAAGAGUAUCUCCAAGCCAACGUUCCUUCUGGCUUAGUUCCUUCUACACCAAUGAGGCCUGUAGCCAAAUCUUGGUGUUCUCCUAGGCCUGAGACUGUGAAGUUGAAUAUUGAUGGGUCUUAUCUCCCUAAUGUUACUUAUGGUGGUGUAGGGGGUGUUCUUCGUAAUGAUCAAGCUGCUUUCUUGGCUGCCUUUUCUAUCAGGGAAUCCUUUGUGACUUCUCCUCUUCAUGUCGAAUUGCUAGCCAUAAAACAUGGGUUGCUCUUGCUUCUGGGUUUGGGAGUGAAUAGUGCAAUAAUAGAGACUGAUUGUUUAGUUGCUGUUCAUGCUAUUUCAUCCCCAUUUGAAGAUCUAUCAGGUUUGAGUAAUUUGAUAGUAGACAUAAAAGAUAUACUGCAAACUUGGCCCUUAUUUAUUUUCGUUCAUGUCAGUAGACAAGCUAAUAGGGUAGCUCAUAGGCUAGCAAACAUCAGUUUUGAUUCUGAUAUCAAAACUGAAUAUUGGUUCAAUCAUGCUCCGGAUUUCUUAUCGGAUGCCCUCUUGUACGAUCUCAAUCGUGUUUGA